CGUUAGAGUCUUGGUCCCCGUUAAUUAACAGGAUGAUUAAUGACGAAGAAAAAGACCUAUUAGGUGGAACCAAGUUAGAGGCAGGAGAUAUUGGAGUAAUAGUUGCAUAUUUCGUUAUAGUUUUAGGAUUUGGUUUGUGGUCAUCGUUAAGAAAUAGAGGUAGUGUUGGAGGAUAUUUCCUGGCUGGCAGAUCUAUGCACUGGAUACCUGUAGGGGCUUCUCUCUUCGCUAGUAAUAUCGGAAGCGGACAUUUUAUUGGAUUAGCAGGAUCCGGAGCGUCUAGUGGAAUAGGAAUUUCGGUUUUUGAGUUAAGUGCCAUAUUUAUAUUAAUGCUAUUAGGCUGGGUUUUUGUUCCAGUAUAUAUGGCUGCAGGUGUUUUUACAAUGCCCGAAUACUUACGGAAACGUUUCGGAGGCCAAAGAAUUCGAGUCUAUUUGGCUAUUAUGGCUUUAAUUUUAUCCAUUUUCACAAAAGUUGCAGCUGACUUAUACGCCGGAGCUAUAUUCAUUGAACAAUCACUUGGUUGGAAUUUAUAUUUUGCAGUAACCCUUUUGUUGGGUAUUGCUGCCUUAUUUACUAUAUCCGGCGGUUUAACUGCAGUAAUAUGGACUGAUUUUAUUCAAACAAUCAUUAUGCUUAUCGGAGCAGCCGCAUUGAUGAUAAUAAGCAUGGCCAAGGUUGGUAAUUUUUCAACGAUUUCACAACGCUUUAUGGAAAGCCUUCCUAAUUCAACAAUUUUUAAUUUGUAUCAUCCGGAUGGGAAUCGUUCAAAUCCUUAUAUAAAUUGUGGAUUUCCUCCCGAAAAUUCUCUCCAUCUUUUCAGAGCAGCCAAUGAUUCUCAAUUGCCUUGGCCUGGGGUGUUUAUCGGUUUAACAAUAUCUUCAAUUUGGUAUUGGUGUUCCGAUCAGUUUUUGAGAAAUAACCUAACAAAGCCUGAUUGUGGACUUCCUCCAUCGAAUUCUUUGCACUUAUUUCGUAGUCAUAAAGAUGGAAACUAUCCUUGGCCAGGCGUCGUUUUCGGUGCAACCGUUUCAGGUGUCUGGUAUUGGUGUUCCGAUCAGGUUAUCGUUCAAAGGGCUUUGGCAUCCAAAAAUCUAACACAUGCUAAAGCUGGGACGAUUCUGGCUGGCUACAUAAAGUUGUUGCCCAUGUGGCUAUUAGUUGUUCCUGGAAUGGUUGCUAGAAUUUUGUUUCCGAAUACUGUUGGAUGUGCUGAUCCAGUUACAUGUGAAGAGGCUUGUGGACAAAAACAAGGAUGUACAAAUAUCGCUUAUCCUCUUUUAGUUCUAAAGUUAAUGCCCGUUGGUGCUAGAGGUAUGAUGUUGGCCGUUAUGAUGGCGGCUCUUAUGUCUAGUUUAACAUCAAUAUUUAAUUCUUCUUCUACACUCUUUACGCUGGAUAUUUGGAGAAAAUUUCGCAAAAAUGCCACUGAUACAGAAUUGAUGAUUGUUGGCAGAGUUUUUGUUUUGUUUAUGGUUGCCGUGGGGAUUGUUUGGAUUCCUAUAGUUAAAAAUUUCGCUGAAUUGUUUCACUAUAUACAAAGUAUUACAAGUUAUUUAUCUCCACCUGUGUGUGCUGUUUAUGUUCUCGCAAUUGUAUGGAAAAGAAUUAACGAAAAAGGAGCGUUCAGUGGUUUAGUCAUAGGACUCCUCAUUGGUAUUGCAAGAUUUGCAUGGGAGUACUCCUACAAAAGACCUGCUUGUGGGGAAGAAGAUUCCAGACCUGCUAUAAUCAAAGACGUUCACUAUCUGCAUUUUGGAAUUAUUCUUUUUGUUAUAGUAUGCAUUGUUACGACUGUAGUUAGCCUUGUCACCCAGCCUAUUGAUGAUAUUCACCUUUUCCGAUUAACGUUCUGGACAAGACAUAGUAUAGAGGAAAGAGUAGAUUUGUCCGAAUUGGAGAAGACCGAUGAUGAAGGCACAGAAAGCCAAAGAGAAAAGGAUUCAGUAUACGAGGAAACAGAAGAGGAUUACGAUAGUCUGCCUUGGUAUAAGAAAGCGUUCAAUUGGAUAUGCGGCAUUGAAAAACAAAAUGAACCCGCCUUAAGCCCUGAAGAACAGGCUUCUAUUCAAAAAAAGUAUGAAUCUUUGUCCGAAGAUCCAUUCUGGAAGAAAGUUUGCGGUUGGAACGCUAUGAUUCUUAUGGUUAUUACCACUUUUAUUUGGGGAUUCUUUUAUUAG